GCGAACGAUAUUAAUUUAUUUGAAUUUAGAACCGUUGAUUCACUGAGUGAAAAUACCGAGGAUGAGUACUACAGCCAACUGGAUGACGAUGAUCAGGAUGAAGUUGCUGACAUUACCAUUGAUGAUCAAUGGUUUGAUGCAAGCAAAGGUAUUUCCAGCUAUAUGUUUAACGGAUUCAUGCAAUUGGACAAGUCACUGACACCCUACCGCAUAUGAAUGGGAUGUAUACUAGAUUUUACAAAACAGUUUAAUCGAAUGAAGGCACACAUUUCCGUAUUGACACCUCUAGCUGCUCGACAACCGUCUAGUAUAAAAAAUUCUACCGAAUCACACAAUCCAGUUACUCAGGCAUCUCCGCACAAUCUGGCAAUCAAGGGCCAAAUUCUUAACCGUAUCGAAGCUAGACAUCACCAGAACCAUUCUGGUCCAAGAUCAACUGAGCUCAUGAGCAAGUUUUCAUCUCGGAUUAAUCUAAGUAAGUUUUGCCAGAUAAAACACUGUAGGAUUCAUCAAACCCACUAACUUGAAUCGCACAUGUUUAGACGGAAAGCAUGACUUGUUUAGCAAUGAUUUUCGUGCAACGAAUAAAAAAGGUGAUGACAGCAAAUAUCUUGAUAAAGACAAGUCAGAUCGAGCAACUGUUGAACAGGUCUUGGAUCCACGCACUCGAAUGAUUUUGUUCAAGAUGCUCAACAAGAAUGUGAUUUACGAAGUGAAUGGGUGCAUCAGUACUGGAAAAGAGGCAAAUGUGUACCACGCACUUACAGAAUCACAAGACCAUAUGGCCAUCAAAAUCUACAAAACAUCUAUAUUGUCGUUCAAAGACCGUGAUCGGUAUGUAGCAGGCGAGUUUCGCUUCCGACACGGAUACAGCAAAUCGAAUCCACGAAAAAUGGUACAGACAUGGGCAGAAAAGGAGAUGCGAAAUUUGAAACGGCUCCAUAAUGCUGGUAUUCCAUGUCCUGAACCCAUUUUACUACGCUUGCACGUUCUGCUGAUGACGUUUAUUGGCGAUAAAAAAGGCUGGGCAGCACCUCGUCUCAAAGAUGCAAUCAUCACCGAUGAAGAAACAUAUCGAAAUGUGUAUCGACAACUGCUUAUCAUUCUUUGGACUAUGUUUCACAAAUGCAGACUAGUUCAUGCCGAUUUCAGCGAAUACAAUCUGCUGUAUCAAAAGAACAUUGUAUAUGUAAUUGAUGUGUCGCAAUCUGUUGAACAUGACCACCCACACGCACUCGAGUUUCUUCGUAAAGACUGUUCCAAUCUAGUUGAUUAUUUCCGUAAACGAUUGACGGAACAAAUCAUGACACUUCGUGAAGUGUUUGACUUUGUUGUUUCUGAUUUAAACGUAUUUGUCAAGUAUCUUGACAGUCAAGGAGUGUCUACUGUUUUUGACGACACACUGACAUCUCAAGAAAACGAAGAUCAUAGCACUGUGCAAAGCAACGAGCAAGUGUUUAAAAACGUGUAUAUUCCUCGUACACUGGAUGAGAUUCAAACUGUCGAGGCAGAUAUUAAAAAGAUGGAAGACGGAGACGAUGCAGAUGUGAACAAACUAGCUACAGAAGCAUCGAGCAACUCGAGUCCUUUGCCAUCAGAACUAGAAUCUGAUGAAUCGGAAUCCAACGAGUCAGAUUCCGAGCAGGAUGAGGAUUCAGACGAGACAUCAAGGAAAUACAAAGGCACUCCAGCAUCUAAACAGAAAAAGUUUGAAGACAAGGAAGCCAAGAAAGAACGACAUCGACUUGUCAAGGAAGCCAAACGGGAAAAACGCAAGACGAAGAUGCCCAAAAGCGUCAAGAAACGCAAAGAGAAGAUGACAAAGAAAUAA